GUGACACUUAAUGGUUUUUUCCUCAUUACAGGUGUAAAAUUAAAAACAGCUUAUUGGUGCAAGGGAUUCAGGAGAACUUUGAGAUGUGUUGAAAGUAAGGCAGUGAAGUCCCUAUCAAGUACCUUGUUUGAUUUGACUUUGCAGUGCUUUAAUUUAUGCAUGAAUUGGAGUGUUUUGAGUUUUCUUGCAUGGUGUGAUAAAGCAUUUUCUGAGCACUUUGUAAGAUUUUGCUGUAGCUUUACAAAUCUUAAUAGUUGUAACUUACAAAUGACUGAUUUAUCAUCAAUUAUGGAUAAGAUAAGAAUAUUAAGAUCCAGCCGAAGAAGAACCUACCCUGGAAAAAUUGUUAAUAAUAACAAGACAACUUCAGUAACAAUGACUCCAGUGACAAAUUCAGAGACGACAGUUUCUGACACGAACCAUCGAUGGGUUCCAUUUAUCGUCUUGGAUAUAAGCCAACCCGACGGUAAUGCAGAUUCAGCAGAAGACAAGUCAGCUGAAGAUCUUAAAUCAAAACUAGAAGACAGCCCUGAAGCUCAGAAAAUUCCUGCACUAACUCCCCCAAUUCAGAUAAAUACUUCCGCUGCUCCGAAAAGAACCACAUCAAGUAUCUCGACUACUAGUGACAAAACAGUCAUCAAAACUACAACAACAACAAAACGCUCGUCUCCAAGAAAAAGCAAACGUAUCCCUGUUGCAUGUACUAUUAUGGUCACUAGUAAGGACAUAAAAAACAGUUCUAAAGUUAAGACCAAGACAAAUCAAGAAGGUGAUGUUGUUACCCCAGCACUUAUCCAAAAUAAGAAGGAUUCUUCAUCAGCCCAAGAGCUCACCGUUUCUCUGGCUAAAACAGUGGAAUCUUCCAGUGUCGUAACAACAUUUGCAAAGUCAAAAAAAGAUGUAUCAUCACCUAUGAAAUCAAAUAAAGAUGCAUCAUCAUCUGCAAAAUCAAAUAAAGAUGCAUCAACGCCUACAAAAUCAAAUAAAGAUAUUGAAGUUGUACCAUCAAAAGAUGCAAAUUUUAACACUACAACCCUUGCUCCUGUUGGUUGUGUCAUCUGUAGCAAGCAUUUCUCUACCCUGACUGAAAUGCAGACUCAUUAUCUCAGCGAACAUAAAAAUCGAAGAGGCCGCGAACACCGCAAGCGUCCUAUUGAAGUUGUGAACACAGAGCCACAGAAAAUGCCUAACUUGGUCACAGUACAAGAAAAAGCAGUUCCAGAUGAACCAGGUUUCAAGUUUCCCCUGUAUGUUAAUGAAAGUGACCCAAAGUGUCCUGUAUGUUCAAUAGCAUUUAAAAAUGCAGCUGAAGUUAAAAAUCAUGUCAAGCUUGUUCAUUCAUAUAGAUGUUCAGAGUGCAGUGAUACAUUUUAUACUCUCUUUGAAUUCACAGGUCACAAAUGUUACAAAGGUGUUAAAAAGAGUAAAAGAAUUAGAAAAAAGUCCAGCCGUAGCCCAAAUGUAAACCAAGAGGUAGCUAAAGCCAUGAAGAGUUUUGUUCCUAUACAGCCAAAUCUAAACAAAAGCCCAAAGUCCAAAGAUGAAGGUACAAGUGAGGUGUUUGUACCACCUGUGCACCAAAAAGAUGCUGACACAAGCUUUGUACCAAUUUCUAGUUCUUCACCUACUGUUAGUAAUUUGAGUAAUCAAAGAAGUGGAAUGCAGGUUAACACUAGUACAAAAUUACAGAUAACAAGUGUCCCCCAACAGCCAGAAGUGAGUGUACCAAGUAUUCGUACACCAUCUCCAGAAUUAACUAUAGCACCCAUAGACAAUAAACCAAAGUCAGUAAAAAUUCGAGUAUUAGAAACUAAGAAUCUUCGUUGUUUUAAAUUCAAGAAGGAUGAAAUUGUAUCUGAAUCUCCUUUGUCAAAAAGUGAACUUAUUCAGGAGAAAAUCACUCAGUUGAAGAAUAACCCUCAUGUAAGUGUGUCAUGGAUACCAAGAUUACAAUUCAAGUGUGAUGAAGAUGACAGUGAGUAUGUAUGUGGCCGAUGCAAUGUCAUUUGUGAUGAUAUGGAUGAUUACAUGGAUCACAUCCAGGACUGUCUAACCAUCACUAGUGUGACGUUAGAAAAGACAUCAAAUCCUCCUCGUCGAAUUCUCAAACUUCAGAAGGAAAUAUCUUCAUUUGGAUUUCAGGAAACAAAUAACAAUAAAUAUUCUGUGAACAAAAAUUUAAUGAAAAAAUUACAAGAGGUUAUACCAUUGACUGAAGAAGAUGUAAGGGAAAGUUCUCCAACUCGAACACGGUACCUGGAGGAAGUUGUCGAGCAGGACAGUUCACAUCUCUCAGAUUUGAUGAAUGAAAGUCACUCAGAUCAAGUUGUUGCCAGCAGUACUAGCCUUAGUGAAUUAAGUCUGGAAAGUUCUAUGCUGCAAAUAAAAGAGGAGCCACUUGAUGAUUAUCAGGAUCCCAGUGAAUCUGUAUUAUCAAAAGCUCCCUCCAAUGUCUAUCAUGAUGGGCUUCCUAAUAUUUAUCAACUCUCAAAUUCUAAAGGAACUUUGCCUAUGGUGGUUAUUCCUGUAAAUCAGACCAGUGCAAAUAAGCUUUUGUCUGGGAGUGAGUUGUCCGUGAAGAAACCACAAACCACAAAACCUCCCUCACCUGACAGCAGCUCAUCCAGUAGUCAAUGGGAUGCAUCACCAUGCGAUCUAAUGAUAGAUACAGAUGAUAUCAAAAUGGAGGUUGAAGAAGAAGUUAUCGAUGAUUACGAGAAUUUUUAGUGGCUGCUGUUAAGAUGAUUUCUUUCUCGUGAUAAUACUUGAGAGAGGACAUUAUGGUUGUGAAUGUCUAUGACAUAUUCCAGUAUUUUGUGAUAGCUACACUUUAUAGUACAGUACCUUGUUAUUCCAUCAUGAUAUAUUAUUUUGACUCAGUACAAACUGUUAGGUAGCUUUUCUCUACCCAUAUUUAUUGUAAUAUAGUUGUGCCUAUAGAUAGGGGUUGCAGUCACUGUAGAGCACAGGCAGAUAUUGUUGACAAAUUAAAAUAUCUAUUGACUUGUAAGUAGGCAUAUGUUGAUAUUAUUUACCUUACAUUUGACAGCCUCUAUUAGGUUCCUAACAUUUUAGUAGGAAAGAGGGUUAUAAAGUCUUCGGAUUUUUCACUACUAGGCGGACACUAUGAGCCAAGACUAAAAAGAUAAUGAAUAUUAAAUUCAAUUUUCAGAUUUUAUACUGAUUUGAUAUUUGUUUUUUUAUUAAGUUUAUGAUAAAAAUUUGUUUACAGUUAAGUUUUAGAUAUCUAAAAUGCAGGUUUGAGUGUGGGAUUAUUAACAGAACAGUGUGAAAGUUGUGUGCUUGAUAUGCUAUGAUGUCCAAAGUUGCCAGCAAGUUCCAUUGGUGCAACAAAGUCCAGAUUUUGGUGCAGGAUGUACAGUUCAAGUCAGAAGAAGUACAAUUUUAGCUGCAGGGAAUACCAGUUACCUGGAGGUCUCCAGUUUGAAACUCACCACUAUUUUUGUGUUUCAGAGACUACAAUAUCUGACCAAAGAAGCCUGGUGAGUCAUCUACUACUGUUUCCAUGGCUCCUUUCCUUUGUCACCCAGGCAAUGAAUUUGUCCAGUCCAGUUCUGUUAGUCCAGUGGUAGUGCAAUUUGUUUUCUCAGAUUCCUGACAGGCAGCAUAUUUCUACAAACAGCGCACCUUCACAGUUACCUCUCAUACUGCUUACCCAUACACCUGAGAUGGUGCAAUUGCAUGUUAUUGACACUGCCUUUGGACCCAGAUCUACCUAUUUACUCUUCAGAUGGAAGAAGUGCUUCUUCAAAUCCGUACUUACUAGAUACAGUGAUGAAUCCAGGUCACAUGAAAAGAUUAUUGUAUGAAAAAUUUUUCAGUAAAUAUUUUAUUUUUGUUUAA